GGUACAGGGUACAGACGUAGUUUAGCAACUCGAUCACCAUUCAACUACUUGUUUGGAAAUUAAAAAUCAUUCGUUUGGUUUGUUAGCAGUCGGAAUAAUCCACAUUGAUCGAUUAACGCAAAGCUAAUAGAUAAAGUGCCAACAGAAAAUUAUACAAAAAAUUUAAUUACAUUUUAUUCAACAAUUUUUCUCGAUUUCUAUUUUACUAAAAUAUUUUUUAAUUAUAAAAUCGAUCAUUCUAAAGUAUCUUGACCUUCAGUUAACAUUUGUCGUUCUCGAGAAAAACUAAUUCAAAAUUUAUGAAAAGUAUAUCCAAUAACUGCUGUAAAAGAAAUUACAAUUUAAUCUAAAAAUUAAAUAUGUUUUUAAGUAUUUUUGACAAGUUUUGUAUUAAAGUGGAUCUAAAAAUUCAAAGUUUAUUGUGUGAGUAAUCGACCAGUAUGGAUCAGUGUAAUAGAAGAAAAGGUGAGCUGUCGGCGACGGAAGACGAGCAAAAGAAAUCGCUGUACGACGAUGGCAGGUUGACUGCUACGACCACAACUGACAAAACUGUGGAAGCAAUACGCGGAUACUGUCGUCAUAAGAGCAUGCCGUCCGACCUGUACCGGCCCGUCUCAGGUACUCGGAAAUUCCGGCUGACCGACCUGAUUGCCGAACUGCACCGCGUGUUCGAGGAGGAUCGCGUUAACGUCGAGUAUGUCCAGUACCUGAUGGAGUCGUACAAAAGCGAUCCCGCAGAGUGGCUUAAAUACGCCAAGUUCAACAAAUUCCGUUAUACCAGAAAUCUCGUAGACGCCGGCAAUGGCAAAUUCAACCUGAUGGUAUUGUGCUGGGGCGAAGGCAACGGUUCCUCCAUACACGAUCAUCCCAAUUCCAAUUGCUUUAUGAAAAUGCUGGCGGGCCAAUUAUCGGAGAUACGUUUCUCAUGGCCCGAAGACUCUUCUGAUGAAAACGACAUCAAACCAAUGAAAGAGAUCGGUCGCUCCUGUCUCGAAACAAACAGCGUGUGUCAUAUAAACGAUUCUAUGGGACUUCACAGAGUAGAAAAUUCGAGUCAUACAGAUAAAGCAGUAAGUUUGCACUUAUAUUGCCCUCCCUAUGAAAUAUGCUCCACUUUCAAUCAACAUACUGGUCAUAGGGAUGUUGCAAUAUCGACGUUUUGGUCUAUUUAUGGUAAAAAAGUUUCUAAGAAACUUGAAGACUAUGUGCCCGACGAUAAUUAAUUUUUAAAGCUAACAUUUUUACAAAAAUAAAAUUAAAAAAAUGAAUUUAUAUUAUUUGAAUUAACCAUUCAUUGUUUGUUAAAUCAUACAAUUUUUAACUCAAAUAUCUAUUAUUGAAAUAUAAAUUAAAAAUUAUAAUUUUACUACAGUUAAAAACAUAUUCAAAUAUUAGAUUGAAUUCCUAGCAUGGGUUUUCUAAAUAUUAAUAAUAAUUUAAGUAAUUAUAUAACAAAUAUUAUUUGAAAAUGCAACUUCCUAGCAUAAUUUAGUUUUAUUAAACAUGUAAAUACUACUAAAAGAAUUUAAAUUAAUUUCAUUUGUAUUCUUGUAGAUUUAAAUACGAUGUAAAUUUAAUUUUUUUUAAUUAAUAUUAAAAAAAAUAUUUUAGAAAAUAAUAUAUUAAUAAUAAAAAGUA